AUGACUAAAGACGAGCCAAGACCGCUUGGAGACACCAAGCUCUUCCAACCCAUCAAGGUGGGUACCCAUGAAUUGGCCAACCGCGUGGUGUACGCCCCUUCUACUCGUUUGAGAGCUCUUGCCAACCACGUCCCCUCUGACUUACAAGUGCAAUAUUAUGAUGAAAGACUGAAGACUCCCGGUCUGUUGCUGAUCACUGAAGCUACUUUCGUCAGCCCCCAAGCGGCUGGGUAUGCUCACGUGCCUGGGAUCUGGAACGAUGAGCAAGUGAAAGGAUGGAAAGCGGUUACGGAUAAAGUCCACGCUAACAAAUCUUUGAUCCUGGUACAAUUGUGGAACUUGGGACGUGCGGCUGAUCCCAAAGUGUUGAAAGAAGAAGGUCAAGACUAUGUUUCAGCAUCGCAAGUGUAUGAUACUGAGGAACGGAAACAGGCCGCCGAAGCCGCUGGUAACCCUUUGAGAGCGUUAACUACGGAAGAAGUGGACAACUUGAUCGAAAAAGUGUACCCGAAUGCUGUGCAAAAAGCGUUGGAAGCGGGGUUCGACUACUUUGAGUUACACUCGGCUCACGGCUAUUUGCUCGACCAGUUCCUCCAAUCUGAGUCUAACAAACGUACCGAUAAGUACGGUGGAUCAAUUGAAAACAGAGCGAGACUCGUGUUGGCUCUUGUCGACAAGUUGGGCGAACAAUUUGGCUACGAAAAGAUUGCCAUUAGAAUUUCUCCUUGGGCCCAAUUCCAGGGGAUGAAGGGGAAAAACUCUGAAGUGCACCCUCUUGCUACUUUUGGCUACUUGUUGUCUGAAUUGCAACGUCGGGCCAACGACGGUAAGCAGCUUGCUUACGUGUCAGUGGUGGAUCCUCGCGUCCAAGGUAGCAGUGAUAAGGAAACUGACCUUACCUCCGAAAGUAAUGAUUUUGUCUCAUUGAUUUGGAAGGGAAUCAUUAUCAAGGCGGGCAACUAUACUUACGAUUCUCCCAAGUUCACCAGAUUAUUGGAGGACAUUGAGGAUGACCGCACGUUGAUUGGGUUCUCUCGUUACUUCACGUCCAACCCGGACUUGGUGGAGAGAUUACGUAAAGGUGAAGAAUUGACUCCCUACGAGCGGGUGUUCUUCUACACUCCUUCCAAUUGGGGUUACAACACUUACAGUAACUAUGAUGAACCGAAGCAGCUCAAUGAAGCUGAGGAGAAGGAACGGUUGCCAAAGCCGAUCAAGCCUUGA